AUGAACGAUAUUCCAAACCCGCACGGAACGGGCCUGGUAGUCCUCAUAUGGAUUCUGACAGGCAUCUCAGUGGUCGUGGUCUCUCUGCGCGUCCUGGCCAAAACGAAGAUUCGCCAAUUCAGGAUAGACGAUGUCGUGAUGAUCGUUGUGCUGAUCCUAGGUAUCAUCUCCGGGUCCCUGCACACCACCGCAGUUAAAUACGGAUACGGUCUACCGGACGCAACCGUCCCCGAACCUGUCGCGACGACGGGUCGAAAAUUCUACAUUAUAGGACUGGCCUCUCUGAUCCUUUGCUCAGCCGUCGGCCGCGCCGCCUUCGUGCUAUACCUCCUAGCCAUCCUGGGCGGGCAGAAAGGGCGGCGCAUCAUCUUGACGGCUCUGGCUAUCUUGGAGAUGGUUUUUAAUUCUGUGUCCGUCAUCUUAAUAUUUGCCACUUGCACGCCUGUGUCCAUGGUCUGGGAUUACGCGGCUGAGGGGACCUGCACGGCAACCUCCAUCCAGGUUAACUUUGGAUAUUUCCAGAGUACAUUCAAUGUCUUCGUCGAUCUGUACCUAGCCGUCUUCCGACCUAUAUCUUCUGGCAUCUUAAACUCAAACUCGGAAUCAAAAUCACGCGAUGGCCGGCGCUAUCGUCAAAACCGUCCAACUCCCGAGAUCUACAACGACGCCCUAGGCGGCACAGUCAACCUCCUCCGCUGGGGCUACAUCGAAGCAGACCUGGUGAUCAUCACCGCGUCGCUGCCUUGUCUCCGCUCGGUUAUUCUCUCGGGAUUCCACUAUAUGACGAGUAGCGGACACCGGUCUCGCUCGUAUGAGCUUGGCGCAGCGUAUACGGGGACGCACGCGGGGACGGCGUCAGUUACAGCGCAGGCGACUUCGCAUCGGAAGACUGAUUCGCGGUUACGUGGGAUGCUGUCGACCAGGAAUCGGGCCGAUGAUGGGGCAAGUGUUGAUCGUAUACUCGGUAGUCGAAAUAGUCUCGAUGGGGUGGAGACGGGUGGGAGUAGUCAAGAGGGGUCGGCUGGGAUUCGGAAGCAGGUUGAGGUCACUGUUGUUGCGGAUGAUCGUAGGAAGGGUGUAUAG